AUGUCCGCCGCUACUGAAGUUCAGGCGCUUCUUCGCUUUUUGACCAAACAUGCUCAUAUCCCUCUGGCCGAGGCGAUGCCCAGGAUCAACAUGUUGCGAAAACAGCAGCUGAAUACACCGGAGGCCCUCUCCAAGGCUGGCGAGGCCGAGCUAAAAUCAGUGUUUGCUGAUGAAAAAGUAUUGAGACAGGUCGUCAACGCGGCAAAGCGCGUUUCCAAUCCAAGAAAGCGCACAUCCACUGCAUCGAGUUCUCCCGCCUCAAAACGACUGAGAGCAGAUCCCGCAGCCUUUGAUGAUGAGGCCAUUCUAUCCCUUCCCACGACAGAGCUUUCGUCUGACGAGCUCACCAACAUCACGAUUGAAACGAACCGAGCACCUCUCUUCCUCGCCUUCACGGUUGCGGUCCUUGCUUACACUCAUCCUGAACAGCCGCUGUCGAGCAGGUGGAGCCUUGCGCAAGCCGUAGUUAGCGCUGGUGCCCAAAGUAAGGCCAAAUAUCUCGGAAUAACGAAUGGGCCUACCGCCGAGGAAGAUGGUUGGGCAGAGGGUCAGCCGAAGGUGAAGAUAAUGGGUCGAGAGGUGCCCGUCAUGCGAAGACACGUGGUGAACAAAGCAGACGACGACCAAACUGUGCCGGCCACCGCACUUUGGGGCCUAGAUCUUGAAGCACUCCGCCGAUCAAAUGGGCCACUGAUCGCAGGUAAGGAAGGAAGUGGACAAGCUGGCCCGCCUAUCCACAGACCCGACGCACCACGAAACUACUUGCUCAAAUCGAUGAUUGUGAUCAAUGCGAGUGAGGAGGCUGGAACAGUCCAAGGAAACACCAGUGAUACUCCGAAAAAGGCGAAAUCCAAAGACUUGGGCACAAAGAAGGAAGAAGCUGCUGCAAUGGUGCUCAAAGCAAUCGACAUUGUGUGCCAGAGCUGGCAGGCCUCUCUCAGCAAGGAAGAUCUGGAUCGUAGAGCUCAAACAUGGUAUGCACGUGUUAGGCCAGACGUGGCUCAGGGUCAGGCUGGCUGGGGCCAGAGAGGGCAGGUGCGUCUCGAGGACAUUUUGAAACUCCAGAAAGGAUAA